AUGGCUCGUCAAAACAACCCAGUAAAUUAUCACGUUCCAAGCGCAAGAAGAGGCCUGCUCCCACGUCAGGACCACCAAAGCAAGAGGAACAAGAGCGGAGCUCACUUUCAAGUCCUACUCAAGACACCUCUGUCCACCGCCCUUGUCGAAUUCAUAACCGUCACUGCCCGCGAGUGGGAAUCCUGCAACACAAUCCACGUCCCCAACUACCCGAACCACCAAAUCCUCGGCCGCAUCCGCAACCUCGAUGUCGAACUCUUCGGCCCUUUCCCUACUCUGGAAGAAGAACUGCUCAGUCUCGAUUAUACAGUCCGCCCUUUCGACCGCAGCAAAUGCAUGUCCAUCUAUGCAGACACAGAACUCAGAGACCGCACUUUGCUCCAAAAACUGCAGGAUCAGCUUUACGAAGCUUUGAGGGAUGAUGGUUGGGACAUCGCUUAUGGGUUGGUUACCGAGACACAGGCAGACUGGGUCUUGGUGACAAAACUCGAUCGAGUGAGUUCGUGCUGGCUUCACAGGAUGGUCAAGCAUGAGACAAAGGAGAAUAUACUGACACGCGAUCGAAUCAAGGAACGCUACAACCCCGAGAAUCCAUGUCCACCUGUCUUGACAGCAGUAGGAGCCGAAUACAACACCAUCGGCUACAUCCUCGACAACGACAUCUUCAUCACAGCCGCCGAGAAGAAUGUCAAACGCUUCUACAUGCCCCACGCCCCUUGGGUCAUUUACAAACUCCUCGACAAGACAAUCGCUACAGAAUACUCCCGCCACCUCCUCGAAGUCAAGCAAGAAAAGCAGCAGCAACACAAGCGCGAGAAGAGAAGAAACAAAAAGAUGUUGCUGCAAAAGGGGAAGGGCACAGAACAAGAAAGACAAGGGGCGCUGGAAGCAAGCGGUAAAGAUUUCAGGGUCGGAGGAAAGACUUAUAGGAAGCACGACAUUGAUGAGAUGAUCGACGUUGCAGCUGGCACUGCUGAGGAAGACGCAGAGAUGAAGAUGCAGAAAUUGGGAAUUACAGAGGUUGAGCAAAAGACUAUGCGCAUUGCUGAGACUGGAACUGACAAGAGGGUUGGAGAGAGAGAGGUAGAGCAGAAAAAAGACACUCAGAGGAAGGAAGAGGCAAGGAAGAAGGAAGAGGUAGUGAAGAAGGAAGUUUGGGACACCCCUUGGAAGAAGAACUCGGGCGUCGAUGAGAUCAGAAAACCCAGUUGGUUCUUCUCGGGAGAAGAUGCUCUCAAGAAUGGUUAG